UUGACGUUUAAUCGUUCGGAUAUGAAAUGUAAAUCUCGUAAUUGUAAAAAAAGCUUUUCCAUAAUCAAAAGCACCUCAUUUUGACCGUUACCAUCAUCAAAAUUAUCUGAUUACGAUGGACAGAGUAUACGUAUAUGGUAUAGCGGCGACGAUGGGCGGCCUCGGGUUUCUCUUGGCGUGGAUGUACCUGGACCGUGGACAGAAAAGGGAUUUGUAUCAUCGGCGUAAACUUCGAUUAAAACGAGAAUACGAACGUAAAUUAAGUGAAUUAGACAGGGUGCGAAUAGCCAGUGGCGUCACCGAGUCUAGAAAGGAGGAGGAUGUCAUCAUAUUGCACGAGUUGCAAGUGGGCGAAGCACUCAUGAUGAAGGGUAAUGUCGAUGAGGCGACCCAACAUUUCGCAAACGCCGUUUCGGUUUGUUCUCAUCCGGAGAAAUUUUUGAGGACGUUGAAAAAUUGUUUGGAUCCUACGGUUUAUCAUAUGCUCUUAAAUGUCUUGAUCAAAGGUAAUAUUAAUACAUGCUCAAGGAUUAAUUUCUCCGAUCCGCUAGAAAGUGCCCUUUACGAUCGAUUAAGGUGCAAGAAAUAUUAAGACAUUAUCUAGGUGCUCUGUAAAUAAGCAGAUAUAAAGCAUUUUCAAGACAAUAGAGUGCGAACACCUAUAUCAGGACGAAACCAACGAGUCUUUUUCAACAUUUUAUUGAUUUUGUAUCAAAAUUCUUAAUAAAACAUUAUGACUUAUAAAUCA